AUGGAUUUGUUCAACGAUCUCACAGGAAAACUGGGAAAGGUCCAGGAUGUUUACAUCGAAAUGUUGUCGGAGGUGGUAACAGACGAGAAGAAUCUGAAGCUAGCGCUGUUCUUCAUUGUUUUCAACCCACUUUUCUGGAACACCGCAGCUCGGUUGGAGUACAAGACACACUUCCUCACCAAGAUCACCGGGUCCGCAAAGCGUGGCUGCUAUGUGCUGGCAGUAACGAUCUUUUCGCUGGGCAUUGUGCGUGACUACUUCUUCCACCAGGCAUUGAUGCAGCAGCCCACUUCGCGGGUACUAGACACUGAUGCGGUGCGCAAGGCCGGAAUGGUGCUGUCUGCGUUCGGACAGGUGCUGGUGGCAACUUCUAUGUACCAACUGGGCGUAACCGGUACGUACUUGGGAGACUACUUCGGCAUUUUGAUGGACAACAUCGUGACUGCUUUCCCAUUUAACGUGAGCAACAACCCAAUGUACCACGGAUCGACCCUGACAUUCCUGGGUACGUCGCUAUACUACGGUAAGGCCGCGGGCGUGUUUGCAACGGUGUUGGUGAACCUAGUGUACAACAUUGCGCAGCAGUUUGAGGAGCCCUUCACGGCGCAGAUAUAUGCGAAGCGCGACGCCGAGCGCACCAAGAAGUCGUCCUAG